AUGACCACCACGCUCGUGGACGACUUCCCCGACAUCACACCCAAAGAGCAAGUCCUCUCCCUCACCCCCAAACGCAUCUCCGCCCUCCAGUUCGGCAUUGCUUCUCCCGCCGACAUAGUCGCCCAAUCCGUCGUCACCGUCAACGAUCGCAACCUCUACGAUAACAAUGUGGCGAGAGAAGCCGGCAAACCCCGCACGAUCACCAGAUAUGGCCCACUGGAUGAGAAGCUGGGCACGAGUUCCAAGUCCGGGACCUGCGAAACAUGCGGUAUGGGGUUGAAGGAGUGCAAUGGCCAUUUCGGACAGAUCAAGCUCGCUCUGCCUGCCUUCCACUACGGAUAUCUGAAGAAGAUCAUCGAGUGCCUGCACUGUGUGUGUAAGAACUGUAGUCGGAUCUUGCUUGCUGAAAAGGAUAGGCGAGCGGCACUGAAGCAGUUGCGGAAACCUGGUCUGGACAGUCUGCGGAAGUCUGCGCUCAUCCGCAAGAUCAGCACCGAUUGUCGCAAGAACAAGGUCUGUCCUUCCUGUGGUGGACUGAAUGGUCCUGUCAAGAAGGUCCCGGCCAAUCCUACCAAGAUCUUCCACAACAAAUUUGCGGUGUAUACGAGCAGUAAUGCCAAGAGCAAGAAGAAACCUCCUGAGAUGCAGGAGUUCGAGGAGAGUUUCAAGGAGGCGAGGAAGAGUCAGGAUGUGGAGAGGAAUAUGCGGAGGGUGGCGGACGAUUUGAAUCCACUGAAAGUCCUGAACAUCUUCAAGAAAGUGCCGGAUGUGGAUGUUGAGCUGAUGGGCAUGGAGCCGUGCAACGGUGGUCGACCCGAGUAUAUGCUGUGGACACAUGUUCCGGCACCACCAGUUGCGAUUCGACCAUCUGUUGCACAAGAAGCCACGAGUACCGAAGACGACAUCACGAACAAGCUCGCCGAUAUCGUACAAAUGAGCAACCUUCUCAAGACAGCAUUGACGAAGGGUGCCUCUAUAACAAAAGUUAUGGAGAUUUGGGAGUUCUUACAGGUCCAGGUUGCCAUGUAUAUCGAUGGCAAUCUGCCUGGCCUUGGUAAAGAGAGCAACUGGGGCAAGAUGAUGCGCGGAUUCUGUCAACGUUUGAAGGGCAAGCAAGGUCGCUUCCGUGGCAACUUGAGUGGCAAGCGUGUCGACUUUUCUGGUCGUACGGUCAUCAGUCCGGAUCCUAAUCUCAGCAUCAAUGAGGUGGCGGUACCCGUCCGUGUGGCGCUGACCAUGACAUAUCCGGAGAGAGUCACGAGACACAACAUGGAAAAGCUGAAAGCAUGCAUUCUUAACGGCACACUCAAGCAUCCAGGCGCAAAUCAUGUCAUCAAAGCCCACGAUGGCCGCAAGAUCAUGCUCAAGGUUAUCGAGAUGAAAGGUGAUUUGACGAAGAUCACUGACAAGCUUGUUUAUGGCGAUAUCGUGGAACGUCAUCUUGAAGACGGCGACAUCGUGCUGUUCAAUCGGCAACCUUCGCUCCACAAACUCUCCAUCCUCUCCCAUCGAGCCAAAAUCCGGCCUUGGCGAACCUUCAGACUGAACGAGUGUGUUUGCAACCCCUACAACGCCGAUUUCGACGGCGACGAGAUGAACCUUCACGUCCCGCAGACAGAAGAAGCACGAACAGAAGCCACGGAGCUCAUGGGCGUGCAACACAAUCUCGCCACGCCUAAGAAUGGCACACCCAUCAUCGCCGCCAUUCAAGACUUCAUCACAGGCGCAUACCUCAUCUCGCAAAAGGACCUCUUCUUCAACCGUCGCCAAUUCUGCCAAGUCAUCUCGUUCAUGUUCGAUGGCAUGGAAGUGCGCGAUCCUCUCACGAAUGAGCAGCAUGAUAUCGAGAUCCCACCUCCGGCUAUCUACAAGCCUCAGCAGCUUUGGACAGGCAAGCAAGUCUGGUCAGUCCUCAUGAAGCCGCACUCGGAUUACCCCGUCCUGGUCAACCUUGAUGCCAAGUGCAAGCAAUUCGCUGCUCCACCUCCAGGCACAGCGCCAGAUAUGCUGCCCAAUGACUCGUAUGUUGUGGUGCGCAAUAGCGUGGUGAUGUGCGGAACCAUGGACAAAGCAGUCAUCGGUGAUGGCAAGAAGGACUCGAUUUUCUAUGUCAUCAUGCGCGAUUUCGGUCCCGAGUACGCCGUCGCAGCCAUGAAUCGCCUGGCGAAGCUCUCCGCUCGCUGGCUAACAGAACAGGGCUUCUCAAUCGGCAUCUCCGACGUCUAUCCCAGCGGCAAACUCCGCGAGGAGAAGGAGAAGCUCGUCACAGCCGCCUACGACAAAUGCGUGAAAUUGAUCAAGCUGUUCAACGAAGGCAAUCUCCAGCGCGAUCCGGGGUGUGAUGAAGAGCAGACGAUGGAGAACCAGAUCUCUGGUAUCCUGAGUAAAGUCCGUCAGCAGUGCGGUGAUGUCUGUUUCUCCGAGCUGAGUCGGUAUAAUGCUCCCCUGACCAUGGCCAAGUGCGGUAGUAAAGGCAGUAACAUCAAUGUCUCCCAAAUGGUUGCGGCGGUCGGACAGCAGAUUAUUGGAGGUAAACGGGUGGUCGAUGGGUUCCAGGACAGGACACUCCCGCAUUUCAGCAAGGCUUCUCGCGACCCGCCAGCGAAGGGGUUCGUGGUGAAUUCUUUCUUCUCUGGCCUCAAUCCUACGGAGUUCAUCUUCCAUGCCAUGUCUGGCCGUGAAGGCUUGGUUGAUACGGCUGUCAAGACGGCAGAGACGGGGUAUAUGUCUCGGCGCUUGAUGAAGAGUCUGGAGGAUUUGUCGGCGAGGUAUGACCUUACGGUCAGGAAUGGGAGUGAGGGGGUGGUGCAGAUGAGGUUUGGCGAUGAUGGGUUGGAUCCGGUGGAUAUGGAGGGGAGUGCGAAGCCGGUGAAUUUCGAGAGGACGUGGAUGUUUGCGAUCACUACUACGUGGAGGAAUGAGGAGAAGGGGCUUAGUGGGGAGGAGGUGGAGGGGAUUGUUGAGGAGACGUUGGGGGUGGAGAGGAAGAAGAUAAAGCGGUUUGCUGAUGAUGGAAGGGAGCUUGCUUAUGGUGAUCAGACGGAUGAAGGUGUGGAUCAGCUGGAAAGCGUGCGGAACUUCCUCGAGACAGUCCAAGUGUUCAUCCGCGGCAAGAUGGACGGGAUACUGGAAAGUCAGCGACGGCAUGCCGCCACUACCCUGGACGGCAAACCUGGUAUCUUCAAAUUGUCACCCACCGCCCUCCACUCUUUCCUCAAACUCUGCCUGCUCAAGUUCGAGAAGUCGAAAGUCGAGGCUGGACAUGCCGUAGGUGCUGUCGGCGCCCAAUCGAUCGGUGAACCUGGCACACAAAUGACGCUCAAGACUUUCCAUUUUGCUGGUGUGGCUGGCAUGAGUAUCACGCAAGGUGUGCCGCGAAUCAAGGAGAUCAUCAAUGCGAGUAAAGUCAUCUCCACUCCUGUCAUCACCUGCGCGCUGGACAGUAAGUACGAGGAGAUUGCGGGCAAGUUCGCGAAGGCUGUUAUACAAAAGACUUACCUUGAGGAUGUGGUGAAUUAUGUCGAGGAUGUUUGGGGGGUGGAGGGUGGAUAUCUCAAUGUCAAGGUUGAUUGGCAGACUGUCAAGGCGUUGGGGCUGAAGAUGGAUGUUUGGGGGAUUCGGGAGGCGAUUGAGAGGCAUAAGGGUUUUAAGGCGUUGAGUGUGAGUACGCGGGUGGUGGGGACACAGCAUAUUCGUGUUUACUGUGAGCCGAAUGGGAAAGGGUUGGAUGGGAGGGCUAAGGGUCGUGGGGGUGGGAGUGCGGGAGCGAAGGGCAAGAUGAUGCGGAUGGAGGGUGAUGAGGAGGGGAUGGGUGACGAGUUGUUCAUGACUCUUCAACAACUCAAGCGCAAGCUACCGAAAGUCGUCAUCAAAGGCUAUCCAGACGCCCACCGAGCUAUCCUGAAGAAAGACGAUAAACCUGACGCCUCGGGCCGCGAACCCAUCGCCGUCUUCGUCGAGGGCUACGGGCUGAAACUCUGUAUGACGACCGAGGGCGUAGAUGGCUACCACACCACCUCCAAUUCCGUCAUGGAAGUCCGCGCCGUCCUGGGCAUCGAAGCGGCCCGAUCCACCAUCAUCGCCGAAAUCAGCGCAGUCAUGGGCGGAAUGGAUAUCGAUCCCAGGCACAUGCAACUUCUAGCCGAUAUCAUGACGUACAAAGGUGACGUCCUGGGUAUCACCCGCUUCGGUAUGGCUAAGAUGAGGGAUUCGGUGCUGCAACUUGCUUCUUUUGAGAAGACGCCGGAUCAUUUGUUUGAGGCGGCGAUUAUGCGGAAGAAGGAUUUGGUGGAGGGGGUUAGUGAGUGUAUUAUUUUGGGGCAGGGGAUGAAGUUGGGGACCGGGGGGUUGAGUGUUGUGCGGCCUUUGGGGUUGGAUGGGGGAAAGGGUGUUAGUGUUGGUGGAGGGAGUGGGAGUCGGUUGAGGAGGUUUAAGGGGGCGCUUGGGGGUGUGAGUGCGGGGAGGAGGAAGUGGUUGGAGGAGAGUCGGGGGAGGGUGGUUGCUGUUUGA